CUCGUCAUGUUUAUUAUAUGUGCAUAAAUCUACAAAAUCCAUGAACAAAUAAGGGUUUUCGAACUCCAUGCUUUGACGAUUUGUUAUGUAAGAAUUUGGAAGGUGUACGGGGGAAACUUAAGAGUUUCUUAACUGUGAGACAAGGCUUGAAGAAUGUGCCAUUAAGAAGAAAGGGUCAAAGAGUAAAUAACAAAAAGAGGAAGAGGAGGACUUCAAAGCUGGGAAGGAUGAGUUCUUGCAGCAAUGUCUGUGGGUCCAAGCAGGCACCAGCUGCUGCUGAGGGCGGGUACCAGCGCUACGGAGUCCGGUCUUAUCUGCACCAGUUUUAUGAGGACUGUACCACCUCAAUCUGGGAGUAUGAGGAUGAUUUCCAGAUCCAGAGAUCACCUAACAAGUGGAGCUCAGUAUUCUGGAAGGUCGGACUCAUCUCCGGCACCAUCUUUGUGGUUCUCGGACUGACUGUUCUGGCAGUGGGCUUUCUUGUGCCCCCCAAGAUCGAAGCUUUUGGUGAAGCCGAUUUCAUGGUGGUCGACACACAUGCUGUGCAGUUUAACGGAGCCCUUGACAUGUGCAAGCUGGCGGGAGCCGUGCUCUUCUGCGUCGGGGGCACGUCCAUGGCAGGGUGCCUGCUGAUGUCAGUGUUGGCGAAAAGCUACUCCAAAGAAGAAAAAUUCCUGCAGCAAAAGUUCAAAGAGCGAAUCGCAGACAUCAAGGCCCACACCCAACCCAUUACAAAAGCUCCGGGCCCUGGGGAAACGAAGAUACCAGUCACUUUGUCCAGGGUUCAAAGUGUCCAGCCUGUAUUGGCAACCUGAACCCUUUCCCCCAUCCUCUCCUCUCUAACUGACACACGUGGCUACAACGGAGCAGGCCAGCGUUUGAGAAGAUGAGCAUUUGGCCUUGCUUUGCCCCGUGGCUGUCCUAGGCUGUGGGCAGCAUAGGGCAGGAGUUCACACUCACUCGCUCAGCGGCCCUGGUGAGGGUGGAUGCCAUGUGUGGACCUGAGCACAGGCACCAGCUGCUUAGAGGGGGCCUCCGUGUGCCCCCAGGAGCCCCCUGAAACUCCCGUCUCCUAGAUUGUGGCUCAGUGUCAUUUUCCGUGUUAUUGGGAAGCCCUGAACAGUUUAGACCAGCCUACCAGUCACUACCGUGGCCCGCUUCAUUUUCUAAUAUUAGUUUUUCUAAUCUUUCCUGUGUGGUGCUGCCCUCUGUUCCCAUCUCAUUCCAUGUAAGAUAUUGUCAUAUGUGUUCCUAGAAAAAUCGAGUUUCCUGAUUUUGACCCAAACAUUAUUAGUCUCUUAACUAUAUCUUAACGUGAGGUUCUUGAGAUUGGAUACAUUUAUCAGAGACCUUCACAAAUCCUUUCUGUUCAGGUUUUUUGUUUGUUUGUUUUUCACUCAAGCUGAAAUUGCCAACUCUACAAUCUUCAGAGAGAAGUUUAUGUUGGGAGAAUCUAUUUACACAAUGUCCAAAAGCACAUAAUUAGAAACCAAGAAAUUUGACUUCCUACUGCUAAAUAGCUGAGAGGCCUUAGGGCGAUAAUUUAAUUUCCCAGGCCUCAGUUUCCCCAUCUGUAUAAUGGGGGCCCUGGGCUGUGAUGUCUGAGGUUCCUUUUUUGCCAUCUGUCAUCAGGUCUCCUCCAAGUAUGUUUACGAUGUCCUGUGGUUCUCACCACAGUGAAGUAAGGUUCUUUGAAACAUGGACUCCAAGAAAGCCGCCAAAUCAGUGGCCUCCAUCCAUCAACCCUUCAAUAUCCAACCCCAGCAGUUUAUAGGAGGCUGCCAUAUUUUUAUAAAGACAAUAGUAAGCCAUCCUCAAAUAAGAAACCACUGAGUAGAUAUUAACCUCGAAAGGGGUUUUCUUUCUCCAAUAAGACAUUUUAUUCUCCAGCAAGAUAUUUGUCUCAUCCCUUUGACUUUUAUUUAAUAUGUGGAUUUAAAUGGACUGAGGAAAAUGGACGAUGUGACCUUGGUAUUUAUUCUCUCAGAAUUUGUGCCCCUUCGUGUUCCCCCCCACUUCCCUUCCUUCACUGGAUAAAUAAAAUAUGUGAACCAG